AAGUGGCAGCGCCGGCGUCGGAGGGCUUGCGCGUCAGGGAGUGCCCGGAGCCCGGACGGCGGGCGAUUGCGCGCGGGACCCCAGAGCCGGGACCUGCGGCUGGGGCACGGCCAGCCUCCUUGUGCCCUCGCUCCUCCUCCUCCCUGGAGAGGCGACAAUGACCACCAUGGUCAAUGUGGAUGGCCUUCCGGAAUAUGAGAAGAGUCAGAUCAAGAGAGCCCUGGAGCUGGGCACAGUGAUGACCGUGUUCAGCUUCCGCAAGUCCACCCCGGAGCGCAGGACCGUCCAGGUGAUCAUGGAGACGCGGCAGGUGGCCUGGAGUAAGACAGCCGACAAGAUCGAAGGCUUCUUGGAUAUCAUGGAAAUAAAGGAAAUCCGCCCGGGGAAGUGCUCCAAGGAUUUUGAGCGUGCAAAAGCAGUCCGCCAGAAGGAAGACUGCUGCUUCACCAUCCUGUACGGCACCCAGUUCACCCUCAGCACACUCAGUUUGGCAGCUGACUCUAAGGAAGAUGCAACCAAGUGGCUCUCCGGCUUGAAAAUCUUACACCAAGAAGCAAUGAGUGCGUCCACACCCACCAUUAUUGAGAGUUGGCUGAGAAAGCAGAUUUAUUCAGUGGACCAAACCAGAAGAAACAGCAUCAGCCUCCGAGAGCUGAAGACCAUCUUGCCCCUGGUCAACUUCAAAGUGAGCAGUGCCAAGUUCCUCAAGGACAAGUUUGUGGAAAUAGGCGCGCACAAAGAUGAACUCAGCUUUGAACAGUUCCAUCUCUUCUAUAAAAAACUUAUGUUUGAACAGCAAAAAUCGAUUCUUGACGAAUUCAAAAAAGACUCCUCCGUGUUCAUCUUGGGGAACACUGACCGGCCGGACGCCUCCGCUGUGCACCUGCACGACUUCCAGCGGUUUCUCUUACAUGAGCAGCAGGAGCUCUGGGCUCAGGAUCUGAACAGAGUCCGCAAGAGGAUGACAAAGUUUAUCGACGACACGAUGAGGGAAACUGCGGAGCCCUUCCUAUUUGUUGAUGAGUUCCUCACGUACCUGUUUUCACGGGAGAACAGCAUUUGGGAUGAGAAGUACGACGUGGUGGACAUGCAGGACAUGAACAACCCCCUGUCUCAUUACUGGAUCUCCUCGUCACAUAACACGUACCUCACAGGUGACCAGCUGCGGAGUGAGUCGUCCACAGAGGCAUACAUCCGCUGUUUGCGCAUGGGCUGUCGGUGCAUUGAGCUGGACUGCUGGGACGGGCCCGAAGGGAAGCCCAUCAUCUACCAUGGUUGGACACGGACCACCAAGAUCAAGUUUGAUGAUGUCGUGCAGGCCAUCAAAGACCAUGCCUUUGUCACCUCAAGCUUCCCUGUGGUCCUGUCCAUCGAGGAGCACUGUGGCGUGGAACAGCAGCGCUACAUGGCCAGAGUGUUCAAGGAGGUGUUCGGUGACCUGCUGCUGAUGAAGCCCACGGAGGCCAGUGCUGACCAGCUGCCCUCACCCAGCCAGCUGCGGGAAAAGAUCAUCAUCAAGCAUAAGAAGCUGGGGCCCCGAGGCGACGUCGACGUCGACAUGGAGGACAAGAAAGAUGAGCACAAGCAGCAGGGCGAACUGUACAUGUGGGACUCCAUCGACCAGAAAUGGACUCGGCACUAUUGCGCCAUCGCCGAUGCCAAGCUGUCCUUCAGCGAUGACAUUGAACAGACCAUGGAAGAAGAAGUGCCCCAGGAUACGCCCCCCACCGAGCUGCAUUUUGGAGAGAAGUGGUUCCACAAGAAGGUGGAGAAGAGGACGAGUGCCGAGAAGCUGCUGCAGGAAUACUGCUCCGAGAUGGGGGGCAAGGACGGAACCUUCUUGGUGCGGGAGAGCGAGAGGUUCCCCAACGACUACACCCUGUCCUUCUGGCGGUCAGGCCGGGUCCAGCACUGCAGGAUCCGCUCCACCGUGGAGGAUGGGGUCAUGAAGUACUACCUGACUGACAACCUCAUGUUCCCCAGCAUCUACGCCCUCAUCCAGUACUACCGCGGGACGCACCUGCGCUGCGCCGAGUUCGAGCUCCGGCUCACUGACCCCGUGCCCAACCCCAACCCCCAUGAGUCAAAGCCGUGGUACUAUGACGGGCUGAGCCGUGGAGAAGCGGAGGACAUGCUGAUGAGAGUUCCCCGGGACGGCGCCUUCCUCAUCCGGAAGCGGGAAGGCAGCGACUCCUAUGCCAUCACCUUCAGGGCCAAGGGCAAGGUGAAGCACUGUCGCAUCAACCGGGACGGCAGGCACUUCGUGCUGGGGACCUCCGCCUACUUCGAGAGUCUGGUGGAGCUCGUCAGUUACUACCAGAAGCAUGCGCUGUACCGAAAGAUGAAGCUGCGCUACCCUGUGACUCCCGAGCUCCUGGAGCGCUACAGCAUGGAAAGAGACAUAAACUCCCUGUAUGACGUCAGCAGAAUGUAUGUGGAUCCCAGUGAAAUCAAUCCUUCUAUGCCUCAGAGAACUGUGAAAGCUCUGUAUGACUACAAAGCCAAGCAGAGUGAUGAGCUGAGCUUCUGCCGUGGCGCCCUUAUUCACAACGUCUCCAAGGAGCCCGGGGGCUGGUGGAAAGGAGACUAUGGAACCAAAAUCCAGCAGUACUUCCCGUCCAAUUAUGUCGAAGACAUUUCGUCGGUUGAUGUGGAGGACCUGGAGAAGCAGAUUAUUGAAGACAAUCCCUUAGGGUCUCUUUGCAGAGGAAUACUGGAUCUCAAUGCCUAUAACGUAGUGAAAGCCCCACAGGGGAAAAACCAGAAGCCUUUCGUCUUUAUCCUGGAGCCCAAGAAGCAGGGGGACCCUCCGGUGGAGUUUGCCACGGACAGGGUGGAGGAGCUCUUUGAAUGGUUUCAGAGCAUCCGGGAGAUCACCUGGAAGAUUGACACCAAGGAGAACAACAUGAAGUACUGGGAGAAGAACCAGUCGAUCGCCAUCGAGCUGUCGGACCUGGUCGUCUACUGCAAGCCAACCAGCAAGACCAAAGACAACUUAGAAAAUCCUGACUUCCGAGAAAUCCGUUCCUUUGUGGAGACGAAGGCUGACAGUGUCGUCAGGCAGAAACCCAUCGAUCUCCUGAAGUACAAUCAGAAGGCCCUGACCCGCGUUUACCCGAAGGGACAGAGGGUGGACUCCUCCAACUACGAUCCCUUCCGCCUCUGGCUAUGUGGCUCCCAAAUGGUGGCACUCAAUUUCCAGACCCCAGACAAGUACAUGCAGAUGAAUCAGGCCUUGUUCUCACUCAAUGGGAGGACCGGCUACGUCCUGCAACCCGAGAGCAUGAGGACGGAUAAGUACGACCCCAUGCCACCUGAGUCCCAGAGGAAGAUUCAGAUGACCUUGACGGUCAAGGUCCUUGGGGCUCGCCACCUUCCCAAGCCUGGACGAAGCAUCGCAUGUCCCUUUGUGGAGGUGGAAAUAUGUGGAGCUGAAUAUGACAACAACAAGUUUAAGACGACGGUUGUGAAUGACAAUGGUCUAAGCCCUGUUUGGGCUCCAACACAGGAGAAGGUGACGUUUGAAAUUUAUGAUCCAAACCUCGCGUUUCUGCGUUUUGUGGUGUAUGAGGAAGAUAUGUUCAGUGAUCCCAACUUUCUCGCACAUGCCACUUACCCCAUUAAAGGAAUCAAAUCAGGAUUUAGAUCUGUUCCUCUGAAGAAUGGGUACAGUGAAGACAUUGAGCUGGCUUCCCUCCUGGUUUUCUGUGAGAUGCGGCCAGUCCUGGAGAGUGAAGAGGAACUGUACUCCUCCUGUCGCCAGCUGCGGAGGCGGCAAGAAGAGCUGAACAACCAGCUCUUUCUAUAUGACACACACCAGAAUUUGCGCAAUGCCAACCGGGAUGCCCUCAUUAAAGAAUUCAAUGUCAACGAGAACCAGCUCCAGCUGUACCAGGAGAAGUGCAACCGGAGGUUAAGAGAGAAGAGAGUCAACAACAGCAAGUUUUACUCAUAGAAGCUGGGUGUACGUGUAAGGGUGUUGUGUGUGAGCAUGUGUGUGCAUGUAGAAGAAUGUGCUACAUUCAGACCCUGGGAUCACGCGAAUCUCUGACGUCUUCCUCUGGCCAAGUCUACCGUCAAGAUGACUUUUCUGAAGGAGACCCAGUCAGCAUGAGUUGGGGUGAUUUCCUCCCAAUGUUUUCAUCUUGGACAAUUUCUUAACUUAUAAUUCUCUCUAGGGGAUCCUAAAAUCACGUUCCUCGUUUUUGGCCUCUUGUGUUCCGAACUCCAUUGAAUAAAAGCAGUGAAAACCUCCAACAGUUAGACCUUCUGUGCGUGACCUGCACAGGGAGCAGGAUUCUUUCUCUGGCCUCUAAAAGCCCAGGUGGUUGACUUCCACGGGUGAUGAGCCCUCAGUGUAAGCAACUAAUAAGUUAGCUUCUGAAAAGGGUUUUAACAGGAAGGCAAACAAUUCUACAGUUAAGGCCAUCGGCAUUCACGAGGGUGCAAAGAGGAGCCCAGCCUCCCUGCACCAGGUCAGCGGGCUCAGCUCAAUGCACCUUAACUACCACCGGCUGGCUGGCUGGACAGGCUCAGCUACAGUGCCUGAGAGUCCGUGGAAUCUGUUCAUUAAGACAAUUUCUAGUUAAUGGUUGGGACUUGCUUUGUGACUGGAGUUAUUGGGAGUGAGAGGUGGAAAUUUUGGAGCCAUGUUGAUUUAAAAAGCCUGUUAGAAAGCAGAGACCCAGCCAGCUUCUUGCUCACCGCUGCUCUGCCCACUCCUGAGCUGGCUGUGUGACCACAGUGCAGGGCCCUGCGUCUGCAGCUCCCACAGACAAAAGGUCAAUUUACUGAUUAAAUGAGGUGAUGCAAAUUAGGCUCCAGUGAGGAAUUCCUCUGGAUGACUCAGUUUCCCAUAGCGGCAAGCUGAGUGUUGGGGCUUCAGCCUUAGAAAGCUACAGAAAAUCUCAGAUGCAGCUACCUCCACGCAGCAGACCCACUAGGACAAGAUUACACUCCUCUGCAUCUUGAGCACAAUAUAAUGAUUUGUACAGUGUGAUGCUUUCACAAGACUUUUUAAAGAUGAGGACAGUAAUCAAGGGUGUGGUCAGUAGAGCGGCAGCUUAGAGUGAAUUGAGGACCAAUUUAGAGAGAAAAAGUGUAACUGUGAAAAGAAGAUGUGGUGGGGAGGAGCAAACUAGCAAGAGUUAAGACUGGUGGCUUUAAUUGGUUGGAACUGGGUCCUAGCAACCCAUUCAGCCCUCCCCUGGUUACCAUGGGCUCAAGAGAGCCCAUACUGGGCAGUAUGUGAAAACUGAUCAGGCUCUCUCUGACCAAGACCUUAUCCUUUCAUUCCACAAAAAUUUCUUGAGCACCACCAUAUGCCAGGCACUAUGCCAAGGUCAGGGGGGUACAAUGUUAAACAAAAAAAAAUUUUUAAAGAAAUCAAAAAGCCAUGGUUACUGGUCUUAGGGAAUAUAUCCACGUGCUUCUAAAAGAAAUGUAUUUUACCUUCUAGAAAGCCAGGAGACUAGGUAAUGGCAGUUUGACGGAGGUGGGGCUCUCAUUUUGUAACACUGUUUUAGUUAUUCCUUGAAUUGGGGGUUAUUUUAUUUGGCAGCCAGCAACUCAGGGAACACACUACUCCUGAUGGUAGCAAGUGUUCAAAGCAACUUUCAGGGAAGGCUGGAUGAAAAAAGGUCCUGAGCUGCAGGCUGCAGGGAAGGAACAUACAGACUCUGUAAGCCAGUGGCCCAUUAGCCACCUGGGCCAGGUAGCCCCUGGAGCCUGAUUACUGUACCCCCACUGUGCCAUCCAUGUCCCUACUGGCUCCAUUAUUACCUCUACACAGUGGAGCCCAGAUUUUGCUGUCAUUACCUUGUUUUCAGCUCAGGAGUAAGGAAAAGAUGCAUACCUUCCCACUUCAAUCCAUCCUAAAGCCAAAAAGUUUAGUAAGGCCAGGAUCCCCUUUCUGCUUAAAGUGGAUGUUUUGCUAAAGAAAUUGAGAAGCAGUGGCACAGAAAAGAAAGCAGGAGUUAAGCACCUUUCAACUGCCACUGUGUAAAAUCUAUACCCAGCCACAGGUAUGCACAGGUGCAAAUGGUGCUGGGAAGAAUUCUGUCCCUAAAACUGUCUCUUCCUCCUAGAUGCUUUGAUAACUCAAAUCCACCAUUAGAGAAUAUUUGUUUUGGUUGCCACAUUCUCUUAAUAGGGUAACACAUGAAUUUAAUUCCUGGUGGUGUUAGGAUUCUCUCAGGAAAGACACAGGAGGGGAAAGUGAAGGGUGCAGAUGACAUCAUUGCUGUCUCUAGAGUCUGCCUGGAUGCCACAAAACCUAAGUCCUACAAAAGACCUGGCUGAGGUUACGGCUUAACAGUCAUGGGUUAAGCACAGUUCAUUCAAACCAAAAGUAGGGACAGAACAUCUUGAAAUAUGGCCCCGGUGUUGAUGGACCAAAACCAUGAUUGUGUGUGCAUUAAACUGUUUUUCUCCAUCAUCAUUUUCCUUAGGUUAUGACUGAGGCACCGGUGAUUACAUGGACAAAUGAGAGGGGGGAGCUGGUUAGAUCAUUUGAGUUUGGAAAAUUUAGGUUAUACAAAGUUAAAUUAUUGCUUUCCAUGAGAAUUGGAUAUUGUAAUGUGCAUAGUGAAGAGUGGUGUCGAAUACCACAUUUCCCAAAUUUGAUCUCAGGACCCUUUUGCCAAGGAAAAUUUGGAGGCUUGCUCUAUUAAGAAGGCAGUCAGGCAACAUAAUAUAAUAAUUUACAGUUGAACCUUGACCAGCAAGGGGGUUAGGGACACUGUCCUCCCCCACAACUGUGCAAUCAAAAAUCCAUGUGUAACUUUUUGCUCCCCCCAAAUUUAAAUACUAAUAGCCUAUUGUUGACCAGAAGCCUUACCAAUAACAGAGUUGAUUAGUACAUUUUGUAUGUUAUAUAUGUUGUAUAUACUGUAUCCUUACAAUAAAGUCAGCUAGAGAAAAGAAAAUGGUAAGAAAUUGUAAGAAAGAGAAAAUACAUUUACAGAAUUAAUUGGGAAAAAUUCCCAUAUAAGUGGACCUUUGCAGUUGAAACCUGUGUUGUUCGACUGUAUAUGUCCUGUGACCUAGUUAAACAAAAAUCUAAACUUAAGCCACUAAGGCCACUGGUCUUUGAACUGGGCCAGCCCUACUACCCCUAGCAGUCUUCAAGAGGUUUCCACAGAAUACACAGACUCAAAUAGUUUUAGGGGAUCAAUUUUCAGAUCUUCACCUUCCUAUUAUAAAUUUUCUUAAUUAUCUACUUGAGAAAGUGCCCUUUUCUCUCUCAAAAAAGAAAAUAUAUCUUUCCGCAUCUUCAGUCUUGCUGUAGAGCAUGACUCACAGUGUGAAAUUCAAAAUAUGGGUGUUUAGACAGUGAGGGCUUCUUAACAGCAGGGUGCAAAUCCUUUUGCAAGUCUGGUGGCUCCCAAUUCUUUGCUUUCAACAAACUUGAAGGAACGCCCAAGAUUUCUGAAUAUUUUAGCAUGUGAUUCUGAAGCAUUGGAAGAAUUCAGUUAUCCUGCUAUUACAAAUGCCUUCUGUUCCCAUGUACUUAUCCAUGUGAACAAGGAUUAUCAGCACUUUCACACAGAAAAUUUAAAGGGAAAGUAGAAUCGAUGCUGCACCAUGGCCAUUCUAACAAUGAUAACAUUCAUCUGCAGAUAGGAGAAAUAAUUGGGCUGGGGAAACCUUCCUCAUCUCAUUGAGUAUUACGUUGCCAAUGAAAUUUUACUAUGGCUAAUAAUUUAUUGAAAUUUGUACUAUAUUUAUUGAUCAAGUUCAAUCCAGGAGAAAAUAUUUAAAUACAUAGAGCCUUAUAAGAUCACAUUUUGUUACAGAUCUACAACUAAGCAAUAAAAAGACCAAAAAUAAUUAAGCUAAAAUUUUGAGGGGGAAGUAAAUUAAAAAUACAAGUUCGAGGAGUAAAAGGAAAAGCAUGUCACUUCCUGUGACAAAAAAAUUGCUUUCUUCAUGCAGUUUCUGAAAGGGUGAUGGAGUCUGUCAAUGAGCGCUGGGUGCAGAGCCUCUCAGCCAAGUUCAAAACCGAGCGUAGCAGUUUUAUUUAAAGAUGCAGUAUGAGCAAUAUGCCGGCACUUUUAUCCUUUGCAACCACUAUGAGAAAAUUUUUAGGCAAAAGUUAAAAAAUUUACUUCAGAGGUUUCUGAGCAUAAAGUUUCCGUUGUCUCAUCGAGGGCCACUGGACGGUGAGCUGCAUUGGGAGCAAGAACGGCUGAAAGGGGCCGCAGUGCUUUUAACUCCUACGAGGACUGGGACUUAAACUUUCGUCUUGUGUCACAUUUAACUUUUGGGGGGCAACCCUAGAAGUCAUAUUCUAGCCAAUAAAAAGUUAAUUAGAUGAAGACAUAUGCAGAAUUACAAAAUUGGCAUGGGAAAAAUACUCAAUGAUUUGUCUCAGGUUUUUAAUUUUCAAAAUAUUUUUAUCUUUAAGAGCCAGAUUCCUGUCUCUCAGAAAUUUCCACUUUUUCAUUAGGCUUUAAAAAGCUGCAUUUGUAAACUUGUGUUUCAUUAUUAAAGCUUAAUUUAUUUUUUAUAUAAAUAGUGUGUGCUUCUGUGUACAUAGAGAAUAAUAUGUAUGAGUCACACAAAUGUUGGCUAUCGUCAGUGUGAAAAUUAAAGGGCUGUAUCACAUUUUUAAAAAUAAAAAAUUGAUCUAAAUGAA